UUUUAAUUGCAUGAUAAAAAAAUAGUAUGACCGUGAAAAUCAGCAAUGCAAGAUGAGUUAAUGGUCGCAAUUAUCAGCCACAUUUUUUUUAGAAUUUGCCUACUUCUAAUAGAAUUGAUUGAUUGUUCAUAUAGUUUAAAGUAACUGUCUAAGAGAGUGGAGUUAUGAAUAAGAACUCCAAAAAUAGUCUUUGUCCUACUAUACUAAAACUCUGGAAUAAUUCUCAAUUCAAAGGUUAAAAAAAACCUUUCGUACCUGGUUUUAAAUUUUAAACGUCAAAUGUCUUUUUGGACCUUUAGAUAGGAAAACCGAACUUUAAAGCUCCAUUUAUUUAGUGUUAAGGUUCGAAUCACUAGUUUAAAGUAUCGUUGCUUUGUUCCCAUUCUACUAAAUAAGCCAAAUGAACAUACCUCCAAAAAUACAACCGCCUAUUAACUUACCCAAUACUACCUCAGCGACUCAUAAACGUUUCAAACCUAUAGAGACAUGUGACAACUGUAAACAACGUAAGGUAAAAUGUGACAAAGAAAGACCCGUAUGUGGUACUUGCCGUAAGUCAAAACGAGAUUGUACUUAUGAUUUCUCAGCGUCUUCUAAACGUGGUCGACCAAAGACUGAGGUUGAAAUAUUGGCAGAACAGAUUGAAGACAUUCAAUCUGUACAGUUCCAACAGCUGGAUCAUAUGGAAUCACUCUUGGAAAUGGCCGUUAUGAAAAACGGGGGUACAGCAAUUACGUCUUCAAAUACAAAUGACAAUAUGGGUGGUAAUAUGAAUUUUGCUAUACAAAACGGUGCAGUUGAUGAAAACUUUAUGGCUAGUGGAGUUUAUAAUUGGAACAAUUUUUACGAAUCAAGUCCUCCACCUAGUCUUAAUCAAAAUUUAUCUGAGGAAACAUUACAGUUUUCGACUCAGUUAGCUGCUUCACUACCUAAACCUAAACAACCAGAGACAGUUCCGGUUACAGAUUCAAUGUCAUAUACUGCGAAUUUUGGCUUGCCUAUUCAAGAUCCCGUUGAUCAACUUGCAGAUAAAUUCGAUAAUAGCUUGAAAAUCUAUGAGUCUACUCGAUAUGUUGGUACGGGUUCUUUACUAAUGUUGAGUGAUGGCGGCGAAGAACAGAUUAUUCCUCAAUAUCCCGAUGAUCUAUCUUCCGUUGAAUCAUAUUUGAAAGUUUUACCAAAACCUGAAAAUGUAGAGAGUUUGAUCGACAUAUAUUAUAAGAGAGUAUAUCGUCAUUUUCCUCAUCUGAAGAAAAAGGUGGUUCUCGAUUGUAUAAAAGAUUUAUCGAGGCCACAACAUUUUCUUCUGUUAAAUAGCAUAUUUUUUGCAGCUUCUCCUUUUCACCCAGAUGUUAGUAUGCGGGACGGACGUAUAUAUCAUCAGGUAUGUAAUUUAUGAGCUUUUUUUGGACAUAAUUAAUUUUAAUUAAAUUAACAAAUUGCAUAAAUUUGGUUAUAAAUAUUUCCUUAAUUUAGAGAGCAUUAGCACUGUU